CUUAUUUUGAAAAUAAACUAGAAGAUAUUGAUAGUAAUGUUGGAUUUAUGCAAUAUUGCAGUGCAGCAGUUAACCCAGGGCUUGCUGAGACAGGAAUUUGCAUUCAUACCACUUUGGGAUUUUCAUUAGGAGUUUUCAUUGGAACCGAAAGCAGUAUUCGAACAUUUAAGAUUACGAAUAUACAUAAUAACGAUGUAGCUUUAUAUCGCUGUGUAGUGAUGUGUGAUGAUGUCGACGGCGACACCAAUACAUCUGCAGAUGUUCAGUUAGAAGUCAAUCGGUCUCCGGUCAUUUUAAAAUUGUCUUCGUCUUCCACCAUAAUGAUCGCGAGAGAAGGUCUACCGUCGAGACUAGAAUGUUAUGCUGACGGAUUUCCUGAACCAAGGGUUUCCUGGAGUCGACAAUAUAAUGGAAUUUUAACUACGGGAGGACAGUUUUAUAGAGGUAAUGUCUUACACUUUCGUAACGUAACAAAAGAUGACCGUGGAAUUUAUCUCUGCGAUGCGGUGAAUAGUGUUGGCGAAGGUGUACGGCACAUUGUCGACUUUCGUGUAGAAUUUGCCCCAGUCAUAACGGCUUCGAAAAUUAUGUAUACUCACAGUGAUCCUUUGAAGCAAGACAUGGAUGUCCAAUGUCUUGUAGAAGCUUAUCCAGCUCCGAAAAUUGAUUGGCUAUAUAAUGGAGUUAUACUAAUCGGCGAUAACAACAAAAGAUUCAGAAUUAUGGAAAAGACCACUGAACACCAGCUUACCUUUUCGUCUUUAAAUUUUAACGAAAUUGAUUAUGAUCGAUACGGAAAGUACACAUGUAAAGCUCGGAACACAAUUGGUACAGCUGAAGUCACAGUUAUUGAAACACCAUGCCAAAAACCAAAGUGUGAUACUAAACGCAUUCGUCCGGAGCAUAUACCAAAUUUCUACGGUUUACCUUUUGAAUAAUAAUUAUACUUGGCAUUGAUAAUAA